GCCCAAAAAUAAAAAUCAUCAUCAUCAUCGCUUCGUUUAACUUGAGUUCUUGCACAGUUAACUCCAACUGCUGCAGCAGCAGCUGCUCCACAGCCUCAGGUCAAUAACAGUGACAUCUUGAGGAAGUUGGAAGCCUUCAGUCCUCCUCUCUGCUCCUCCUACAGGCUGCAGCUCCUCACUCCUCCGUGCCUCCAGCAGAAAGGCGGGUGGGAUUUAUUUCAUGCAGCUUGUUCGUGUUUUUAAACUGGUGGAAGUGCCUCCUGUCCUCCGGACAUGGCUCUGCUCCUGUCCCUGCAGUGCCUCGGCCUCAUCAUCCUCACAGCUGUGCUCCUGCAGACCGUCUCGGUCGCCCUGAGCUUCUUGUACUUCAACAAAGUCCUGAACACGAUGCAGGAGAGUUUUUCACGGAGCAGUGUGUCGUGUCUGAUUAACACAAGGCUGCACUGGGAGUUGAAGGAUUCUCCCGCUGAGGAUAAAAGAAAUGACCCGUGUUGGCAGGUGACGCAACAACUCCACCACCACAUCCAGAAGAAGAUUGCUGACAGAUUCCAGAGGGAGAUAUCCACGGCCAUGAGGAAUAAGCUGACAGGAGUGCUGCCUAUCUUGGACCCUGGGGUUCAUGAAGCCCUCCUUCCCAAAGCUGCGGCCCAUGUGAGCGGAGUGGCCUCGUCCACCAGGGAUCCACCAGCAGAGACAGGUUUGUGGAACAACAGGGGCUACGUCGGGGAGCGCAUCAGAGCAUGGGAGAGCCAGAGAGGUCUGUCGUUCCUGCAGAACAUGGAGCUGAGAGGAGGCGAGCUGCUGGUGCCCAAAGCAGGGCUCUACUACGUCUACGCUCAGACCUACUUUAGACUCCCGUCUGCGGCAGAGACCGAAGAGGACGCAGCGGAGGACGAGGGAGCAGAACUCAUCCAGUACAUCUACAAAAAGAUGAGCUCCUACACGGGGCCCAUCUUGCUGAUGAAAUCCUCCCGGAGCGUCUGCUGGCCUCGCGGUCAGGAGCCGGGCCUCUUCUCUCUGCACCAGGCCGGCACCGCCUUCCUCCAGCCCGCCGACCGCCUCUUCGUCACCGUCAGCAACGCCAGCGCCUUGGAGGUGGACGGGAGGGCGAGCUACUUUGGGGCUUUCCUGGUGGGCUAAACGGAGYGAACCGAAACUGGGACGUGGUUCAGCAGAAUGUCAGAGGCUCUGCUCGAGUCGCUGUCUGAAAAGACUGGAAGAUUAAAGAACUGAUGACCUUCCUGUGGAUGGUGGAACUGUAGCUGCGAUUAAACAGAGGAACACUAAAGUGGUCUGAAGAAACCAACAAAGAAGAACCACUUAUCUGGUGUUUAUUUACCCCAGCAGCAGUAGCUAAACUUCACACAGGCUGGGAAACAGGAUGUAUGACGUAAAAAAAAACUGGAUCUGUUGUGUGUUUGGGGCCGCACAGACAGAGUGACUAACUGUUGCCUGCAGGUACAGCAGUCAGAGCCAAGGAGCCUUUCCUAGGAAGCAUAAAACAACAUGUCCACGGGUCAAAAGUUCACAUUUUUUACUGAGAAUAGUUUCCAAGUUGUUGUUUUUUUAAAUAUGGUGGGAUUUCUUUCGACUUUAUUCACCCGUGGCUGAAGGUUUUGAGAGUGACGUCAAUAAUAAUUGUCACUGACAUGAUUUCAAUGAUCCUCUUAUUAACACAGUUGAAAGUUUUGACGAGGACGAGCCUGGAAUUCUUGUUUUGUUAACCGUGGUCACCUGCAAAGACUUUAGAAGUGUUGACGGGUUUCUGAGACGGGACAUCGGUGAUGACUUUGACGUUUUGGAAAGCAAAGUUGUCGCACAAACUGUUUUUUUUAACAUGUUCCAGACUCAGGUGGUAGGAUGUUUCUGCAACUCCUUCAAAGACAUUAAGGCCCAGCCCCGAUGCUCAGUGCGCACCCUACACCCCUCUGUGAAAUGUGGGUUCAGUCCAAGUGCACAGAAGUGUUCCAGUGCGCAGGUUACAAGCGUGCAAAAAAACUAAGAAUUGGGAUAGUACGGGUUACGACUUGCGCCUCUGCGUCSUAACUG